AUGUGUGCCGUCAUUCGUUUCUCGGCUGACUGCGAAAUGCGACCGUUUGGCUCAGCGCCAUUUUUUUUUUUUUUUUGCGCGCAUGCGCCUUUUCAAUUAUACUUCAAGGAACUCCUUUCAAAUUUCCUGUUUUUCCUUCUUUCUUUUUUUCUUUCUCUUUUAUUCGUUAAUUUUUCCAUUUUUUUUUUUUUUCGUUUUUUUUUCUCGUUUCUUCUUUCUUUACUUUCAAACGUUAAACACUUUUAUCUUCUUCUUUUCUUUCUCUCUUUCUUUCUUUCUUUCUUUCUUUCUUUCUUUCUUUCUUUCGGUCUUUCUUUCUUUCGGUCUUUCUUUUUCAUGAUCAUGAUUUAUUAUUUUUUUUACUUUCUUUCUUUUUUCUUUCUUUCUUUUUUUCUUUCUUUCUUUUAUCAUUCACCAUUUUUCCUUCCUUUCUAUAUAUACUUCUUUCUUUCUGUUUUUCUUUCUCCAUUUCUUUUCUUUUUUCUUCAUUUCCUUUCUUCCUUUCUUUCUUUAGUCCCACUAUUGUUUUUUCCUUCUCCUUUCCUUUGUUUUCUACGUUAUUCUUUAAUGCCUUUUUUUCCUUUCUUACGCCCUUUCUCUCUUUUUCUUUUUCCUUCCUCUUUCUAUCUUUUCUUGUUUCUUUCUAUCUAUACUUUGUUCUUUUUACUUCUUUUUCCUCCUUUGCGUUCUUUCUUUCUUUUUCUUUUUUCUUUUUUAUCUUUUUCUUUCUUUUUUUUUUCUUCUUUUUUCCAUCUUUGUUUUCUUCUUUCUUUCUCUUUUCUUUCUGUCUUCACCCCUUCUUUCCUUUCUCUCUAUCUUUUCUUUCUUUGUUACUUUGUUUUCCUCUUUUUGUCUUUUUUCUCUUUCUUCUUUCUUUCUUUUGUUUUCUUCUUUCUUCCUUUCUAUUUUUUCUUCUUUCUUUCUACCUAUAACUUGUCCUUUAUUUUCUUUCUUCCUUCUUUGCGUUUUUUCAGUCCUUUUUGUCUUUUCUACUUUCUUUUUUCUUUUAUUUUCUUUCUUUCUUCCUUCUCAUGUUUAAUUCGUCUUUUCUUGUUUGUUUUCUUUCUACCUUUCUUUUUUUUUCAUUCUUUUGAAUUACCACAUUUCUUCUUUCUUUCUACCUAUACUUUGUUCCUUCUUUCUUUCUUUCUUUCUUUCUUUCUUUCUUUCUUUCUUUCUUUCACACUUUGUUUUCUUUUUCAUUCAUUUCUAACCUUUCUUCUUUCUUUCUUCCUUCGUUCCUUUUCUUUCUUCAUUCCUUUUUAUCUGUUCUUCUCUCUUUCUUCUUCCAUUUUCUUUCUUCUCGUUUUUUCUUUCUUUUGUUUUUUGCUUUCUUUCUUUCUUUCAAUCACCAUUUUUCAUUUUUCUACCUAUACUUUGUUCUUUCUUUCUUUCUUUUUUCACACUUUGUUUUCUUUUUCAUUCAUUUCUAACCUUUCUUCUUUCUUUCUUUCCAUUUCUUUCUUCAUUCUUUCGUUUGUUUUCUUCUUCAUUCCCUUUUCUCUUUUCUUCUUUCUUUCUUCUUCCAUUUUCUUUCUUUCUUUCUUCUCGUGUUUUCUUUCUUCUUUUCUUUUUUGUUUUCUUUCUUUCUUUCAAUCACCAUAUUUCUUUUUUCUUUCUACCUAUACUUUGUUCUUUUUUUCUUUCACUGUUUUCUUCUUCAUUCCUUUCGAUAUUUUCUUCUUUCUUUCUUCUUUAAUUUUCUUUCUUUCUUUCUUUCUUUCUUUCUUUCUUUCUUUCUUUCUUUCUUCUCGUUUUUUCUUUCUUUUGUUUUUUGCUUACUUUCUUUCUUUCAAUCACCAUUUUUCUUUUUUCUUUCUACUUUUACUUUGUUCUUUUUUUCUUUCAUUGUUUUCUUCUUCGUUCCUUUUUAUUUUUUCUUCUUUCUUCCUUCUUUCAUUUUCUUUCUCUCUUCCUUCUCAUGUUUUCUCUCUUUCUCUUCUUUCUCUCUUUCAGUCUCUUGUUUUUCUUCCAGAUACUCCCGUACCCUCUCCACCACCCCUCUUUCUUCUCCAUCUUACAACACAACCUUCCUCUCCUCCCUUACUCCAAUGUUGUUAUCUACUUUCCUACUAUAACUCCCCUCCCACGACUCCCAGCCAGUUUUCACCUGCUCCUCCCACCCACUCUUUGACAUCUACCUUCCCACACCACAUUUCCCUUGAGGAAUCAAUGCUGUUGAUUUUUUUCUCUCUUUUUUUCUCUCUACACGCCAAUCUAACUUUGCGUAUCGAUGCGUUUCCAUAUUACGCCACUGACGAUAACAACGAACCGGUGGUUGAUGGUCAGCUUGACGCCCUGAAAAUAAUCAUGGGCAUUGCCAAUCGACGCAGGUUUCUUUUAUCUAUAUUCUCGGUCAGAGCUGGCUGUAUCAUCAUUUUCAUUACCCCGUCAUAUCCACCCGUCGUUCACCCUGUUGCUCAGCUGUCGACAUCACUACUCAUUAUUAUACGGGUUAUUUUCUUCUUUUUUUCGUUAUAUCUUUCAGUCGCUUUUCUUUCAUUCAUAUUAUUUCGUUCGUUGGUUAGUUCCAUUGUUAUUUCCCUCCAUACGAAUCAAUUAUUUCAUUCUAUUGCUAUUAUUUUCAUUCAAAAUAUUUUCUUUCACUCUUUCUUUCUUUCUUUCUUUCUUUCUUUCUUUGUCUCUCACUCUUACUUUAUAUUGUUGCUUCAUUUUUUUUACCCCAUUUUCUUUCGUUUUCUUUUAAGCAUCUAUCUCUUUCCGCCACAAAAUUUUCAUUCGAUUUUCCUUCUUUUUUUUUCGUUAUUGUCUUCCAUCCACUCCAUUGCUUUACUUACGAUUUUUGUCCUCAAUUCAAGCCAUUUUCUUCUUUUGUUUCUUUCCUUUUUUUCUUUCUUUCUUUCUUUCUUUCUUUCUUUCUUUCAUUAUUUAUUUAUUUAUUACUUUCUUCUUUCUUUGUUUCUUUUUUCUUUCUUUCUUACUUUCUUCUUAACUUCUUUCUUUCUUACUUUCUUCUUCCUACCUUUCUUUCUUUCUUUUUCUUUUUCUUUCUUACAUUAUUAUAAAGGACGUCUUUCUUACAUUCUUUCUUUCUUACUUUAUUCUUUCUUUCUUUCAUUCUUUCUUUCUUUCUUACUAUCUUCUUUCUUUCUUUCUGUCAUUCUUUCUUUAUUUCUUUCCCUUUCUUUUUUCUUUCUUUCUUACUUUCUCCUUUCUUUCUUCCUUUCUUACUUUCUUCUUUCUUUCUUUCUUUUUUUCUUUCUUUCUCUUUCUUUUUUCUUUCUUUCUUACUUUCUCCUUUCUUUAUUCCUUUCUUACUUUCUUCUUCUUUCUUUCUUUCUUUCUUUCUUUUUCUUUCUCUUUCUUUUUCUUUCUUUCUUACUUUCCCCUUUCUUUCUUCCUUUCUUACUUUCUUCUUGCUUUCUUUCUUUCUUUCUUUCUUUCUUUCUUUCUUUCCUUCUUUCUUUCUUUCUCUUUCUUUUUUCUUUCUUUCUUACUUUCUCUUUUCUUUCUUCCAUUCUUACUUUCUUCUUUCUUUCUUUCUUUCUCUUUCUUUCUCUUUCUUUUUCUUUCUUACUUUCUCCUUUCUUUCUUACUUUCUUACUUUCUUUCUUUCUUUCUCUUUCUUUUUUCUUUCUUUCUCACUUUCUCCUUUCUUUCUUCCUUUCUUACUUUAUUCUUUCUUUCUUUUUCUUUCUCUUUCUUUUUCUUUCUUUCUUACUUUCUCCUUUCUUUCUUCCUUUCUUCUUUCUUUCUUUCUUUCUUUCUCUUUCUUUUUUCUUUCUUUCUUACUUUCUCUUUUCAUUCUUCCUUUCUUACUUUCUUCUUUCUUUCUUUCUUUCUUUCUUUCUCUUUCUUUCUCUUUCUUUUUCUUUCUUUCUUACUUUCUCCUUUCUUACAUUCUUCUUUCUUUCUUUUUCUUUCUCUUUCGUUUUCUUUCUUUCUUACUUUCUCCUUUCUUUCUUUCGUUCUUACUUUCUUCUUUCUUUCUUUCUUUCUUUCUCUUUCUUUCUCUUUCUUUUUUCUUUCUUUCAUACUUUCUCCUUUCUUUCUUUCUUUCUUUUUCUUUCUCUUUCUUUUUCUUUCUUUCUUACUUUCUCGUUUCUUUCUUCCUUUCUUCUUUCUUUCUUUCUUUCUCUUUCUUUUUUCUUUCUUUCUUACGUUCUCCUUUCUUUCUUCAUUUCUUACUUUCUUCUUUCUUUCUUUCUUUCUUUCUCUUUCUUUCUCUUUCUUUCUUACUUUCUCCUUUCUUUCUUCCUUUCUUACUUUCUUCUUUCUUUCUUUCUUUCUUUCUUUCUCUUUCUUUUUUCUUUCUUUCUUACUUUCUCUUUCUUUCUUCCUUUCUUACUUUCUUCUUUCUUUCUUUUUUCUCUUUCUUUUUUCUUUCUUUCUUACUUUCUCCUUUCUUUCUUCCUUUCUUACUUUCUUCUUUCUCUCUUUCUUUCUUUCUUUCUCUUUCUUUUUUCUUUCUUUCUUACUUUCUCCUUUCUUUAUUCCUUUCUUACUUUCUUCUUUCUCUCUUUCUUUCUUUCAUUCUUUCUUCCUUUCUCUUUCUUUCUCUUUCUUUUUCUUUCUUACUUUCUCCUUUCUUUUAUCCUUUCUUACUUUCUUUCUUUCUUUCUCUUUCUUUUUUCUUUCUUUCUUCAUUUCUCCUUUCUUUCUUCCUUUCUUACUUUCUUCUUUCUUUCUUUCUUUCUCUUUCUUUCUCUUUCUUUUUCUUUCUUUCUUACUUUCUCCUGUCUUUUAUCCUUUCUUUCUUUCUUUCUUUCUUUCUCUAUCUUUUUUCUUUCUUUCUUACUUUCUCCUUUCUUUCUUCCUUUCUUACUUCCUUCUUUAUUUCUUUCUUUCUUUCUUUCUCUUUCUUUUUUCUUUCUUUCUUACUUUCUCCUUUCUUUCUUCCUUUCUUCCUUUCUUUCUUUCUUUCUCUUUCUUUUUCUUUCUUUCUUACUUUCUCCUUUCUUUCUUCCUUUCUUACUUUCUUCUUUCUUUCUUUCUUUCUCUUUCUUUUUCUUUCUUUCUUACUUUCUCCUUUCUUUCUUCCUUUCUUACUUUCUUCUUUCUUUCUUUCUUUCUUUCUUUCUUUCUUUCUUUCUCUUUCUUUCUCUUUCUUUUUCUUUCUUACUUUCUCCUUUCUUUCUUCCUUUCUUUCUUUCUUUCUUUCUUUCUCUUUCUUUUUUCUUUCUUUCUUACUUUCUCCUUUCUUUCUUCCUUUCUUACUUUCUUUCUUUCUUUCUCUUUCUUUUUCUUUCUUUCUUACUUUCUCCUUUCUUUCUUCCUUUCUUACUUUCUUCUUUCUUUCUUUCUAUCUUUCUCUUUCUUUCUCUUUCUUUUUCUUUGUUACUUUCUCUUUUCUUUCUUCCUUUCUUACUUUCUUUCUUUCUAUCUUUCUUUCUUUCUCUUUCUUUUUUCUUUCUGUCUUACUUUCUCCUUUCUUUCUUCCUUUCUUACUUUCUUCUUUCUUUCUUUCUUUCUCUUUCUUUUUUCUUUCUUUCUUACUUUCUCCUUUCUUACUUCCUUUCUUCCUUUCUUUCUUUCUUUCUUUCUUUCUUUCUUUCUCUUUCUUUCUCUUUCUUUUUCUUUCUUUCUUACUUUCUCCUUUCUUUCUUCCUUUCUUACUUUCUUCUUUCUUUCUUUCUUUCUCUUUCUUUUUCUUUCUUUCUUACUUUCUCCUUUCUUUCUUCCUUUCUUACUUUCUUCUUUCUUUCUUUCUUUCUUUCUUUCUCUUUCUUUCUCUUUCUUUUUCUUUCUUACUUUCUCCUUUCUUUCUUCCUUUCUUUCUUUCUUUCUUUCUUUCUUUCUCUUUCUUUUUUCUUUCUUUCUUACUUUCUCCUUUCUUUCUUCCUUUCUUUCUUUCUUUCUUUCUCUUUCUUUUUUCUUUCUUUCUUACUUUCUCCUUUCUUUCUUCCUUUCUUACUUUCUUCUUUCUUUCUUUCUUUCUUUCUCUUUCUUUCUCUUUCUUUUUCUUUCUUACUUUCUCCUUUCUUUCUUCCUUUCUUACUUUCUUUCUCUCUUUCUAUCUUUCUUUCUUUCUCUUUCUUUUCUUUCUUUCUUCUUUCUCCUUUCUUUCUUCCUUUCUUACUUUCUUCUUUCUUUCUUUCUUUCUUUUUUCUUUUUCUUUUUUUUUCUUACUUUCUCCUUUCUUUCUUCCUUUCUUACUUUCUUCUUUCUUUCUUUCUUUCUUUCUCUUUCUUUCUCUUUCAUUUUCUUUCUUACUUUCUCCUUUCUUUCUUCCUUUCUUACUUUCUUUCUUUCUUUCUCUUUCUUUUUUCUUUCUUUCUUACUUUCUCCUUUCUUUCUUCCUUUCUUACUUUCUUCUUUCUUUCUUUCUUUCUUUCUUUCUCUUUCUUUCUCUUUCUUUCUCUUUCUUUUUCUUUCUUACUUUCUCCUUUCUUUCUUCCUUUCUUACUUUCUUCUUUCUUUCUUUCUUUCUCUUUGUUUUUUCUUUCUUUCUUACUUUCUCCUUUCUUUCUUCCUUUCUUACUUUCAUCUUUCUUUCUUUCUUUCUCUUUCUUUCUCUUUCUUUUUCUUUCUUACUUUCUCCUUUCUUUCUUCCUUUCUUAUUUCUUUCUUGCUUUCUCUUUCUUUUUUCUUUCUUUCUUACUUUCUCCUUUCUUUCUUCCUUUCUUCCUUUCUUCUUUCUUUCUUUCUUUCUUUCUUUCUUUCUUUCUCUUUCUUUUUCUUUCUUUCUUACUUUCUAUUUUUUCUUCCUUUCUUACUUUUUCUUUCUUUCUUUCUUUCUUUCUCUUUCUUUCUUUUCUUUUUCUUUCUUUCUUUUCUCCUUUCUUUCUUCCUUUCUUACUUUCUUUCUUUCUUUCUUUCUCUUUCUUUUUUUCUUUUUCUUUUUUCAUUUCUCCUUUCUUUCUUCCUUUUCUUACUUUCUUCUUUCUUUCUUUCUUUCUUUCUCUUUCUUUCUCUUUCUUUUUCUUUCUUUCUUACUUUCUCCUUUCUUUCUUCCUUUCUUUCUUUCUUUCUUUCUCUUUCUUUUUUCUUUCUUUCUUACUUUCUCCUUUCUUUCUUCCAUUCUUACUUUCUCCUUUCUUUCUUCCUUUCUUACUUUCUUUCUUUCUUUCUGUCUUUCUCUUUCUUUCUUUCUUUCUUUCUUUGUCUCUCUCUCUUUCUCAACUGCUUCUAUUUCUUUCCGCCACGAAAUUUUCUUCCGAUUUUCCUUCUUUCUUUUUAUUGUCUUUCAUUCAUACCAUUCUCUUUCUUUCUAUUUUUGUCCUCCAUUCGCGCCAUUUCACUGUUAUCAAUUUUUCUAUUUUCCUCUUUUUUUCUUUUUCUUUCUCUCUUUCUUUCUCUUUCGUUUUUUUCGUGCCAUAUUUUUUAAUUCACUAUUAUCAGUUUUUUUUCUCUUUUUCUCCUUUUUUUCUUUGUUUCUUUCUUUCUUUCAUUUUUUCGCUUUCGUUUUUUCAUACAAUUUUCAUUAUUUUACUAUUAUCAGUUUUUCUCUUUUCUUUCUUUCUCAGACACUUUUUUUUUCUUUCGUUUUCUAUUUUCUUCCUUCCUAUCUUUCUUUCACACUUUUCUCUUUUUUCUCUUUCAUUUUCCUUCAUGUCAUAUUUCUUUUUUUCACACUCUCUCUAA